UCAAUCAAUAUGGCGAGUGAGUACUUUGAGUACGAACGCGAGUGGCAGCUCGCCGUCUGCCGAGAAUGCCGCGUUGCUAUAUGGCCCGCUCAUGCAGCCGCACACCUCCGCGGUCCAGUACACCGCGUGCCAGGGGCGAAGGCGCAGCAGGCUGCAGACGAGCUCCAAGCGUGGCCCGGGAUUGUCAACCACGUCAGCCAGUUCGCAAUACCAAUUCAUGUCGACCGCCCCGUCCCAGCACUCGCGCUCUACAUGGACGGUAUUCAGUGCCGGUUGGAGCCAACGACAUGCCGCUACAUCAAUCGUAGUAUGCGCGGAAUACAGGAGCAUUGGCGGACGUGCCAUCAGUGGUCGGUCCGGAGUGGGCGCGGAGGUGGAUCCGGCGCGGCAAAAGCGCGAGACGUCGAGGCGGCCAAGGCGAGGGCGUGUGCGCCCCUCCAGUGCCAGCGCUUCUUCGCACAAGGCCCACACUCAAGCUACGUCGAGGUACGGCAGCCCCAGCAAGAUCCAGACCCAGGCGCAGCACCAGCGGCCAGCAGCAGCAACAGCACCGAGGCCGCGUGGCUGCAGAUCUGGAAGCAGGCUAGCGAAGCAUUCGACGCCGGCGUCGCGCAGGCCGGGCGCACCAUCACCGAGGGCGGCAUGAACGAAGCCAACCCAUGGUUGCGCCGGACGGGUUGGGCACCGUAUCUCGCCGGCCAGCAGCGCGACGAGCUGCUGCAGCUUGUUGAGGCACCAGCCGAGCAGCCGGACGAGCAGACAUCGGCCGGAGCGGCGAGCCCGGAAGCGGCGCAGCGCGAGCGCAUCGCUCGAGCAGUGUGGAACGCGAUGGCCGGCGUGGCGCGGGCCAGCCAGGCGACCGUGACGGAGAGCGGGAUGAUGAUCCGCAUGCAGGCCGUACGGACGGAGCGCGAUCAGGUGCGCCAUCAACCGCUCCAGCCGUAUCAGGAGCGGACGUCGAUUACGAAGCGAUGCCGGCCGUGGCAGCAGAUGCUCAUGUUCUUUGUGCGCACGCAGCAGGCGCGAGCGGCCGGCGAGGAGGCGGGACCGCCAUAUCGCUUCCACCAGCAGCAGGCGACCGCCUUCUCCCGGAUGAUCACAGCCGCCGAAGCAGCUGCUGACGCAGCCGCGGACCCAGCGGACGAGCCAGUAUCGGAGAGAGUUGAAGUUUAG